AUGGCAUUCAUUUCCCUGGUCUCGUACUCUACCGCGCAGUUCCUGUUAACAGCAUGGGUCAUCUGCUACACGACGAAGAAUUCCUUGUGGCGCCCCGCUGCUGUUCCUGUCGUGCUAUACACCGCGUAUCAGACAUGGCUCUCCCUAGACUUCUUCAAUAACAACCAACUCGUGAACCCCAUGACAGCAGGCUUUGUAGCGGGCUUCGGCCUACAUCAUCUGAAUCUACUCUGCACAAGCCGGAUGGAUAUCAACGAUGUACGCGAGGCUAUUGGCGCAAACACGAACGCCAAAAAGCACGAUAUGUCCAGAAACACCUGCUUCCGCGGAACACUGUACAUUCUCACCACCCUCCGAGGCAUCGACACAUCCUACGAGGUCAGGCAAAUCCGGCACGGCCGCGAAUCUUCAGCAUCGCGGUCCGGAUUUCUCCUUUGCACGCUGGCCAUCGUCGCUGCGAAAUACCUCGUUCUCGACUUGAUGACCUUCCACCCACCCUCACCAGAGGAUACUCAGCGUCUAUUCGGCGAAGGGAAGGAAUACUUGCUCUUUCGGUCUCAUAGUCUCCCACCGGUAACAGUCCAGGACAUUCUCACCAACCUCGGCGUUACCUUUCUCGGCUGGGGCCCGAUAGGGAGCUGGUUCAUCGAGGUGCACUACCGCGUUUUGUCUCUGGUGUCGGUUGGCUUGGGCGUAUCCUCGCCGCAUCAGUGGCCGCCGCUCUUUGGCUUUAUCACAGAGGCUUAUACGCUCCGCCGAUUCUGGGGAAAUUUCUGGCACCAGCUCUUCCGCUGGCCUAUGCAGGGCAUAUCCUCGUUCGUAUGUUGGGAUAUCCUCCGCCUCCCCCGCCCCUCGCUCAUCGAGAGGUACGCCAAAAUCAUCGUUGUCUUCAUCAUCUCGGCUGCAUUGCAUCUCGCCAUUGACUCCCGGGGCGGAAUUAUGCACCCGCAAAGUGGUGCGCUGAGGUGCUUCCUCAUCCAGCCGCUGGGGAUCAUGCUUGAAGACGGAGCGCAGGCAAUCUACCGUCGGUUGCUUGAUUCAGCCAUCAACUACACUGGUAAGUUGAAGAGAGCAGAGAAGCUGCUCAAAACCAACGCCAGGAUUGCUCAAUCAAUUGCGCAAACCGGGUUGCAGUUCUACAAUAUCACAUCGUCUGAGCUAGACGAGUUCAUCCGCGAGACCGAGGCUCAGGGCCGGCGGGCUGAUCGUACUAGCGUCUCGCAAAGUAUGAAGCAUUUCGUGCGUGACUGGGCAGACGAGGGCUACGCCGAGCGACAAGAAUCCUUUCAAUGUAUUUUGAGAUCACUCUCCCUAGUACCUCGAAUGGACGAUAGGACCCUGCGAGUACUGUUGCCUGGGGCAGGACUAGGGAGACUAGCCCACGAAAUCCAUAAGCUUGGGGGGUUCGAAGUCGUGAUGAAUGAGUGGUCGGCAUACAUGAAUUUGGCCUAUAGGUAUAUUUCUAGUCGAUCCGAACCGGACAGUGUCUCGUUUUACCCAUUUGCCGACUGGUGGUCUCACCACGCCACGACUACAGAUCUCGAGCGCCCGGUCACAUUCCCCGAUCAAUUGAGUGACCUGUCGUCUAUCGUACUAAUCGAAGGGGAUUUCACGACGACAUUUGCUGAGCACACCGGUCAAUACGAUAUCAUCGUGACCUUAUUCUUUAUUGAUACUGCCCGUAACCUGAUCUCAUAUAUUGAAAAUAUCCAUCGCUUACUCCGUCCCGGUGGUCGAUGGAUCAACCUAGGUCCUUUGAUGUAUGGAACGGCACCAUUUGUGCAGUUAUCUUUGGACGAGAUUGUGACAUUGGCUACCUUGCCAAUGUUGGUCACCGUCACUGUGACCGUGUAA